GUGCUUUUUCGUCUCACGUUUUCUAGGUAAACCAACCAAAACCUAAAAUCUCUAGUUCGCUUUUUCGAGAUACAACAACCCGAAAAAAAACAUGAAGAGAGACAGGUCCGAUUACGAAGAAUCCAUCAAGCAUAUAGACAUAGUAAAAAGUCUAAUGAUGUUAUCUCAAAGUUUCGUGGUAAAACAAAUUGAUGUAACGCAAUCUACCGGAAGCAAAACCAAUGAUAACCGCUUCGAAUGCAAAACGUGUAACCGGAAAUUUGAUUCUUUCCAAGCUCUCGGAGGUCAUAGAGCCAGCCACAAGAAGCCUAAGCUGAGUGUUGAUCAUGAACAAAUGAAGCAUCCUAACAUUGAGAAUGAUAAGCACAAGUGUUCUUUCUGUGGUCAAAUGUUUGGGACAGGUCAAGCUCUAGGCGGUCACAUGAGAAAGCACAGGGCGAGCAUGAUGACCGAACAAUCGGGUAUCUCUUCUGCGGUUUAUACCAGACCGGUUUUGAAUCGAUGCAGUAGCAGCAAGAGGAUUUUCAGCUUGGAUUUGAAUCUAACUCCAUUGGAGAAUGACAUUGUAUGUAUCUUUGGGAAAAAUUUAGUUCCACAAAAUGAUUUGAAGUUUGUAAAUUAGUUUUUUUUUUGUGUUUGUGCGUUAUCACUUAGGUUUGAAAUUCUUUUUGUAAUUUUAUUGUAGUUUACAUACAUUCUUUUCAUUCUUUCUGUCAUGUAUGUAUACAAAAAUUCAUUAUGUA